CCUCCCUUUGUCCCUCCGUGCAGCAGCAGCAGCAGACACACACACACACGGCCAUGGGGAAGAAGAGCCGCCUCGCCGGCGGAGCCGCGGCCCGCAGGACCAUCCUGCAGCUGUCCCCGCCCGGGACGCGCAGCGGCCACGCCGGGGAGCGGGACGACGCGCCGUCCGGAUCCGACGAUGAACAGGAUGGUGAUGGACACGCAUUGAUAAAGCGCACAGACAUGAAGCCACCACCAGUAAAGGCCACUGAGGGUUUGUCCUUGCUUGGAGCCUACGAGGACAGCGAUGACGAAGAUGCUGAAGACUCUUGUGGUUUAGCCUCAAAUUCUCAACCCAACCAGUCGACUGACAUCGAUAGUACACUGGCUAAUUUUAUGGCUGAAAUCGAUGCAAUCACAACUCAGCCAAGUACAGAGGAUGCAGAAAUUAAUGCCCCUCCUAAUCCCACGCCACCUAAACCUGAAGCUCAGACACAGCCGACUGCUGCCACUGACUUUGAGUACAACACUCAGGAUUCACUUGCUGGAGUGGGUGUAGAAAUGGGAGACUGGCAAGAAGUAUGGGAUGAAAACUCUGGAUGUUAUUACUACUGGAACACAGUGAGCAAUGAGGUUUCUUGGGAGCUGCCACACUACUUGGCUGAUCAGGUGCAAAGCCUCACACAGUAUACCAACAGUACUAGUACUAAUACUAGUGUCAGUGUCAAUGGCAACGGCAAUGGCAACGUCACAGCCCAGGCAGGUUUUUACCCAGAGGAAAAUCCUGCCCCUGCUGCAGCGCCACCAGUAGCAGCAGUAGCAAAAGAGGCCAAAACAAAGGAGGUAAUGGAGAGUGUUGUAGGCCUUACAAAUGAAGAAGAAGAGAGUCGGGGUGUGGCUGCGUCCCUCCUCGCUCCGCUCAUCCCCUCUGAAGUGAAAGAGGCUGAGGAAAAGUGGCGAAAAAGACUGCUGAAGGAUUUAGAUGAAACUGAGAACAGUUUAGAUUCUGAUGGAGAAGGUGUCCAGCCUCCUGGAUCUCCCGCCACACCACUUGUGGACUCAGACUUAGGCCUCAAUACCCAGAAGGAUCUUUGCAACAAGAAGCAGUCAGGAGAAAAUGCAGACGCUGAUGAGGAGACAGAGGAGGAUACGAUGGAGCUGGAACUCGCUCUGGAGAGAAAGAAGGCAGAGCUCAGGGCCCUGGAAGAGGGUGAUGGAAGUGCAGGUGGUUCCAGUCCAUGUUCUGAGGCCAGCCAAGAAGCCACAGGAUCUCGUGGUCUCCUAGUGAAGAAGAACCGGUGGAAGGCUGUCUUCCCAUCUGCUGCCAGCCCUGACUGUAACAGUGGAGGCUCAGACCAGCAGGACAGCACAGACAUUAGUCUACCUAAAGACAUAGAAGGUGUUGUGGAAGGAGAAAACAAGGACUCAAACAGUUCUGAUGACAAUUUGGUUACCAAACCUGCUGUCAAAGAGGAGGUGGAGACACCUGAGCUGAAGUUUCAGAUUGGAGAACUGGCUAACACCGUCACCAGCAAGAUGGAAUUCCUGGGAAUAAACAAGAAGACGAUUUCAAACUUUCAUUUGCUUCUGCUGCAAACUGAGACACGGAUUGCUGACUGGAGGGAGGGUGCACUGAAUGGGGUCUAUCUUCGUCGCCGGCUGCAGGAAGCUGCCGAACACAUAAAAUAUUACGAACUUAACGCCACCCCUAAAGGCUGGUCCUGCCACUGGGACAGAGAGCACAGGCGGUAUUUCUAUGUGAGGGACCGGACUGGUGCCUCCCAGUGGGAAUUUCCAACCGAGGAGGACAAGGAGGAAGAACUUCCAAAGGAACCAGGUACCGAGACACAAACUCCGAGUCAAGGGGAUGCCAAGACGACAUCGGGAUCAACUGGUGAAGUUACAGAAUCUUCUGCACGUAGUCCUGCUGUGCCACCACAACCUCCUCAGCCCGGUGCGUCCUCCUUCUGGUCUCCAUCCCAACCACCACUUCCUGAUAGCCCCCCUCCACCUCCCCCACCGCCCCCAGGGUCACCUCCUCCACCUCCUCCCCCUCCUGACAGCGAUGGGGAGAUCAUGGAGGUGGAGAUGGAGAUGGAUGAUGAUAAUGACGACGAGCCUCCAGCCCCUGGAACAGAGGAAGACGGCAGUGGGAGGCCUCCUUUACCUCCUGGCUCCAUGGGAAUAAAGCUUAUGGAGUCGAGCCCUUUGGGGAGGGGUCAAAAGCGUAAAGCUGGUCAAGUCCAUAAAAACAUCACUAUUGGCAGCAGUCCCAUUCUUUACACCCAAGCAGCUGCUACGUCAGCACCUCUAAUGCCAGCCACUGCCUACUGGGGCAUGCCAGCGGUCCUCGCCCCUCUCAUCCCCUGUGAACCCCCUGCACCGCCGGCCCCGGCCCUGCCUCCCCAACCACCGCUGCCACCAUCUCAGCCCCCCCCGGAGCCACCGCUACCAAAACCCCCACUUGUAGAUAAGACCAAGAAACCAAAAAAAGACAAGUCAAAGAAAAGUAAGACCAAAAUGCCGUCACUGGUAAAGAAGUGGCAGAGCAUUCAGAAAGAGUUGGAUGAAGAGGAAAAAAGCAGCUCCAGUGAUGAAGACAGGGAUCAGCUCAACAAGAAGAACAUCGAGGACUGGAGGCAACAGCAGCUCGUGACAGGAAAAGCUUCAAAGAAUGCCAACUUUGAGGCCCUUCCUACAGACUGGCGUGAUCGCCUCAAGAAACGAAAGAUGAUGAAUAGCACGUAACAUUUAGUCUUGGUCAGACACUACCCAGACAGUCCUGUAAAUCCACUCUUUACAAGGUUGUCUUUUCCCAGUUAUAAAGUUUGUUUAAUGAUUUGUGUUUUUUUGUUUUUUCUUUUUUUGUUAAACCAGUUUUUUUUUUAUUGAUGGAGUCAUUUAGAGAAUACAUGGCAGUUAUUUUAUAUUGAGGGGUUUGAAUGUCCUCUUCCCAGUUUUUAUAUACCAAUUGUAAAUGUGCCAAACGUCUGAGUUAAUCCGUUUGUCAGCAUUUCACUAUUUUGUACAUAUCCAUUGUAGAUAUCCACCUCAUAUUGUUUGACAGGAUUGUCUAUUUUAUGGAGCAUUUUUACAACUGUGUACAUAAAAUAAAAGGAUGGGACAUUUUUUGGAAGGGAAUGUUAUUGAACUUGUAUAUUUUGUAAAAAGUUAUUAAAAAUCUUUUUCCAGA